CGGAAGGGUGGACGGGGUGGACUGACAAGAGUCAGCGUGUGGACGCCGUUGAAUUGCGCGUGGAGCAGUGCGCAGCGCAACAAUCUUGACCUAAGAAAGAGACUGGAAACCUUGAAACCGAGUUGCUCCUUCUCUCCCUGUCUCACCUUCUCCCCUCCCCUUCUCCCCUCUCCUUCUGUGUUGUGUGUUUGUGUGUAUGGCUUUCGAGCCUGGCCUCGUCCAGAGUCUCUGCUGGCCCAUCUCACCCGGUUCAGGACCUCUCACCGACUGAAAGCCGAUACAGAUGCAGCGUGUCAUUUGAGGUUGGAAGUUAAAACUAUCCAUCGUUGGUCCAGCUUGAGGUCAGUGGUGCAUCCUGAUUGGCGUGUCCCCGGACGGAAUCAUGGGCUUGUGAUUUGUGUGUGUUGCUUUGGUCUGGAUUGGCCCCGCCACAAUCACGGACCCCCAUCCCAAAUUGAUUCAUUGGGUAUUAUUCGGUGGACAGGUCGAAAGCCAGGCCCCUCCCUUAACGCGUCGGCCCCUGAUGUCGCCCAUCACGUCUUUGCAUGCGGAUGAGGUAGCUGCCCCGCCCUCGGGCUCCACCUCGGUCUCGGCGUCAUUCUCGGCCUCGAUCAUGUCAGCCGAAACCACGCAGGAUAGCGGUCAAUACCAGGGUUUUGCCAAGAGCAUCGAUGCCGAAAUUGACCGCAUGGUUUUGACCGUGGCACCCUCGGCGGGCGCUCAGCCCAUGUCUGAGCCGACCGGUUCGAGGCCAAAUCGACCCAUGGACGCCUAUGUGGACAUGAGCGCCGGGAUUCCCUCUCGAUCGGCUAGCGCCAGUGGGGCGGGAACCACGGUCCGCCCUGGACCCCGUUCGGCCCAAUCGGCUGUGCCAUCCCAGGAAUCGCCGCUACCCCGCUAUGAUGAUCUGCCCGAUCCACCCCCUGUUCCACCGGGGAGCGAGGCCCAAAAUGCGGCCCCAAGUAAUCGGUUGGCGCUGAAUCAACCCCCCUCACCCGAAACGCCACCCAUGAUGUGGGGACGGAACAGUGUGGGGAGCUCGGGUGACACUCGUGCUCCGCUGAUUCCGUCCCAGGGCAAUCAUCUCACUGGACGAGAGCGAUUAGUCCGGGAUGGAAGGAAUCUGAAUGAGCCUGAGUACGCUCGAGUGGAUUUGAGGUACAAACGGGGUUCCAAGUGUUCGGUUCACUCUCGCCAUGAGACUUCGGAACGAUACAGACUUCGAAUGGAACCGCAACCAUCCCUCGAGAACGAUACCAGCGAUUCAAUUGAGCUUUCCCCUACCCCUCCAAGGGGAAUGAGUAGCCAUUUCGAAGCACCUCGUGUUGGAGUUCUUGUGCCACAACGCGCCACUAAUGGUGAUUAUAUUGCAAUCCCUAUGUCUCCGGAUUAUCUACCCAGAAUUAAUCCGCUAAUGGAAAAAGAAAAGUGGAAGAACCAUUCGAAUGAUGCUAUUCAAGCCGUGGCCAGCGCACUUUAUUGUAAAAUCCUGGUCAUACUUGGCCUGGCCUUUCCCAUGGCCGAAACGAUCUCGGAUAAUGUCCCUCAAGGCUACUAUCAACUCUUCUAUGUCUAUUUAUUCCUUGUCAGCUUGCUCUUUUUGAUGCAUGUCUAUUUGGACGUUAUGUGGACUCGGGUGUCUCAGCACUAUAAGAAAAAACGCCUCCGCAGUCAGAGUCAGAGUAAGAACAAUAAUCUUCCAGUAGUUCAGGGCAUGACGAAUGCCAAUGGCGAUGUCAUGAAUGCCAACAACAGUGGUGCCAAUAAUCUCAACGCCAGCCCUCGAGACGUGGAAGAUGGGUCGGAAGAUCCCAUCUAUCAAGAAAACUUACUGCCAAGGCCCAGGGUACAUUACGGAAGCUUCUAUCUCCGACUGGGAUGCGUUUUGUUCGGAAUCGGUGGCAUGAUUUACUCGGGCAUAGAAAUCGGCAUGUAUUUUGAGUUGAAUUUCGAUGGAACGUCAGAGUGCAAGAAUUUGUUCUCGGUAGUGAGGCCGGUCCUUCAGAUGAUCUUCGUCUUCUCUCAGAUGUACUUUGUCUUCCUAAACCAGAAGAUGAAUAUUUACAAGAACAAGUUCAUCUCGCGACUGGGUCUAAUGCACAUGAUUGCCACCAACUUGUGCGUUUGGCUGAAUGUUCUCAUAUUGGAGACAAAUCAUGAAAUCCACGAAGCUCAACUUCACAAUCAUGGCAUUGACAGCUUGCAUGGUUUCAAUGUCAGUGCUGGCCUUUUCUUGAAUGAACACGGAGACCCCAUGGCUCGUGCUCUAACAGAGCGCAGGAAAUUUCCAACCUUGGAGCAUUCCACGCAAGGAGCCCUCAGCAGCCAACAUUUUGAUCUCAGUAAUCUCGUCAGUUUAUGCAGCCGGAAGAGCAACAUCAUGAGCAAGCUCCUGGCUGACUCUGGACCCUUUCUUUUCCCUUGCACCAUUGAAUAUAGCUUGAUUUGCGCUGCCGUUCUAUUCGUCAUGUGGAAGAAUAUUGCCGAUGAGCACGAACACUACAAAUUCCAGAAAAAACGCCGAAGAGUCUCGAAUGGGGCCAACUUGAACCACAUGGAUCUGCGUGAUCGUCCGGCUCACCAUUAUUCCGUCGAUUGCACUCAUGCUAACACUGGCCUGUUCACUGGCAUCUUUGUGAUGGUGCUCACCAUCAUUUCAUUGAUUGUAUUCUUUGUCCUGAUCGCUUCUCGUGAUCCCAUGCUACAAGCCUCAGCCAUCACGUUGGCCUCCAUGACCGAGUUAUCUCUGUACAUUGUCACCAGCAUCGCAGUUAUUAUUGGAAUGUAUCAGGUUCGUGGCCUUUGGUAUGAAACCACCCGCAAAAUGGAGUUAGAUAACCUUCUCUUGAUCGUUGCCCAAACUGGCGUGUUCAUCUACGCCGCAUUCAGCAUUAUUGGAUCCUUUUUUCAACUCCAAGACCAUCUUUUGGCUUUCCUCGCCUCCCUGGCCACUCUUGUUCAAACCACGUUACAAACAGUAUUUAUCCUGGACGCUUCAAGCAGAUUUGCUUACUGUGCUGAACAAGUCCGUCGCAAGCCUGGCCGCGAAGUGGUCACUUUCCUACUUGUGUGCAAUCUCGCCAUGUGGGCCAUCAAUACCUUAGAAACGAAUCGGGCAGAUUCACAUCCCAUUCAGGUCAAGUUUUACGGAGGAGAUUGGGCAUGGCCCAUCAUCACGCACAUCAGUAUGCCUUUGGCGAUCUUCUAUCGAUUCCAUUCGACCGUGUGUUUGUGCGAAAUCUGGAAGAAAUCCUUCAAAUAUAAGCCCAAUUCUGUGGCCUAUAUGUAAAUUGAACUUUCAAGAGAGCGCAGAACACUGACCAAUUGACCAUCCCUCUUUCUACCGAACUAACUAAGUAGCUUUCUUACGCUACACUCCCAAUCCUCAUCCUUCUGCUUAGUGCGAAUAACCGUCGGCGGAACAGGAAGUGAGACCAACCUUCAAUGUCAAUAACGCCGAUCCACGAACGCCAAGGAAGAGAACAAAGUAUGAAGCUUUGACAUUUUUCCUGCCAUUUCCAGAUGAAAGUCGCCUACCUUCUGAUAGUAGUACCAUAUUGAACAGUAGUAGCAGAGCUAGAACCAAAUAGUUGCGUCAAUGCAAUCGUGACCCGUCGUUUUUAACCAGAAAAAAAACAAAGUGUCUGCAGUAUUUAUUCUCCAGUCAUUUCCCUGAUAUUCCUACCGCACGCUGAGUUGGGCAGCCAUUAUCAUUAUUACUAUUUUUGUCAUUAUUACUAUCAUUAUUAUUAUAACCAUCAUGUGUUAUUUGGUCGCCCAACCUGAGCUUAUGUAUUCUCACCGCAACAAGUAUUCGCUCUCCUUCACAUCUCAUGGUGAACUAGAAAAAUCGGCCUUAAUAAAAUGUGUAUACGCUG